UCAAAGACGCACACCCCCCACAUCCGUCAUCACUUUCACCGGUAAGGUUGUUGAAACCUUCGCCCGCUUUCGAUGCUUUCGAGGACAACCCAGACACGACCUCGACCGCGACCACGCCCCAACAUAAUACACGCCCCCACCAUUUCCACGCUCCCAUCGCCCCCGCACCCUUUCAUCCCUCUCUCUCUCUCGCGCGCUCAAGAACGGAGGAGGGCCGAACACCCGCCCCGAGCUGACGCAUUUUUCUUGAAAUGGCUCGCCUCCUCCACACCGCGUUCCUUCCUUCCUCGCCGUCCCUCCGCAUCGCCCGCAGCAACGACUCCCUCCCCGGGCACCCCCGCAACGGGCCCAGAACCGCCGCCCCCGCCCCGGCCCGAUCCAAGAUCCGGGAGAUCUUCAUGCCCGCCCUCAGCUCCACCAUGACGGAGGGCAAGAUCGUCUCCUGGGUCAAGUCCGAGGGCGACAGGCUCGCCAAGGGCGAGAGCGUCGUCGUCGUCGAGUCCGACAAGGCCGACAUGGACGUCGAGACCUUCUACGACGGCUACCUCGCCGCCAUCAUGGUGGAGGAAGGCGGGGUCGCCGCCGUCGGCUCCGCCAUCGCCCUCCUGGCCGAGACCGAGGACGAGAUCGCCGAGGCCAGGUCGAGGGCCGGGGAUGGCCCGCCCCCGUCCUCGCCGCCGCCGCCGCCGCCCGCGCCUUCCGCCGCUCCGGCUCCGGAGCCGCGGGCCGAGACCGCGGCCCCCGCUGCUCCUGUCGCGAAGGCGGCCGGGACGGUGGCUGCGGGUGCUGGUUCGGCCGCGCACCCGGCUUCUGAAGGGGGCAGGCGCGUUGUGGCAUCGCCGUACGCGAAGAAAUUGGCGAAAGAGUUGAAGGUUGAUUUGGGAAUGUUAGCGGGCAGUGGCCCCAUGGGGAGGAUUGUGGCUAAAGACGUGGAGGCGGCUGCUAACGUGGCUGUGGAUGCAGCAAGUGCGGCCGCAGCUGCUGCCGCAGUGGCUGCACCAGUGGCAGCUCCAGAGAGGAGUGCCGGAAUUGAAUUGGGCACGGUUGUUCCGUUCACGACGAUGCAGGGUGCGGUGAGUAGGAAUAUGGUGGAGAGCUUGAGUGUGCCUACUUUUAGAGUUGGGUACACUAUCACCACGGACGCGCUUGAUGCUCUUUACAAGAAGAUCAAGUCAAAGGGAGUCACGAUGUCAGCAUUGCUUGCUAAGGCGACAGCACUUGCAUUGGUUAAACACCCUGUCAUCAAUUCUAGCUGUAAGGACGGGAAGAGCUUUACAUACAACAGUAGCAUCAACAUAGCAGUUGCUGUUGCUAUAGAUGGGGGGCUGAUCACACCUGUGCUUCAGGAUGCCGAUAAAGUGGAUAUCUACUCUUUGUCAAGAAAAUGGAAGGAGUUGGUUGACAAGGCCCGAGCCAAGCAACUGCAACCUCAUGAAUAUAAUACUGGUACCUUUACUCUAUCUAACCUCGGAAUGUUUGGUGUUGAUCGGUUCGAUGCCAUUCUACCCCCUGGAACUGGAGCAAUCAUGGCUGUUGGUGCAUCCCAACCCACAGUUGUGGCCACAACGGAUGGUCGGAUUGGCAUGAAGAAUCAGAUGCAGGUAAACGUCACAGCAGAUCAUCGGGUAAUAUACGGUGCUGAUUUGGCUCAGUUCUUGCAGACUCUGGCCAAGAUUAUUGAGGACCCAAAGGAUCUUACCUUUUGAUUGCACAUAAUUUGAAAAACAUACCUUUAUGUUGUCUCGUCCAAUUUUCUCAGAGAAUGUUGGUUGCCCCGGAAACUAGUUUUGUCCUUCUUUGAUUUAUCAAAUUUUGGCAUCAACUGAAUCAAUUCAUGCAGAAGGUGAGCUAAUUUGCUUGAUUGAGCUCCGUAUACUGAAGUAGAUUCCACUGGAGCAACGGCAUAUUGAGUUGUGUCA